CAGCCAUUUUAGCUUUUGUAAGUUCCUGUCGAUCAGUGAAGGAUUUCUUUUCCUUUGCUUCAUCUGCUGGGCUAUUUUGAUUAACCUGCAGCUAUGUCAGAGGGAGGCACUUUAAAGAAAGCUAUAGAGAUUGUAACUAAGGCUACAGAUGAGGACAAAGCUGGAAAUUACGAAGAGGCUCUUCGACUCUAUGAACAUGGUGUGGAAUAUUUUUUGCAUGCCAUAAAAUAUGAAGCUCAUGGAGAUAAGUCCAAGGAGAGUAUCAGACAAAAGUGUAUUCAAUACCUUGAUAGGGCUGAGAAACUAAAGACAUGUCUUCAAGGCAAAAACAAAAAGAAACCUGUUGCAUCAUCAGGAGGAGGAAAAGAAAAUAAUAAAGGUGGCAAAGAUGGCAACAAAGACGAUAACAGUGAUGAUGAUGAAGACGAUGCACAAGCAAAAAAACUCAAGGGUCAACUAAACAGUGCCAUUGUAAUGGAAAAACCCAAAGUGCUGUGGUCUGAUGUUGCUGGGUUAGACUCAGCUAAGGAAGCCCUGAAGGAGGCUGUCAUUCUACCAAUUAAAUUCCCUCAUUUGUUCACAGGAAAACGAAGGCCAUGGAGUGGGAUCUUGCUGUAUGGGCCUCCUGGUACAGGAAAAUCCUACUUAGCAAAAGCAGUAGCAACCGAAGCAAACAACUCAACAUUUAUAUCUGUUUCAUCAUCUGACCUAGUGUCUAAGUGGCUUGGAGAAAGUGAACGGCUUGUAAAGAACCUAUUUGAAUUAGCACGAGAAAAUAAACCAGCCAUUAUUUUUAUUGAUGAAGUUGAUUCCUUGUGUGGCUCAAGAAGCGAAAAUGAAAGUGAAUCGGCUAGGAGAAUUAAAACAGAGUUUCUGGUUCAAAUGCAAGGUGUUGGAGUUGAUAAUAAAGAUGUACUUGUCCUGGGAGCAACAAACAUUCCAUGGACUCUUGACUCUGCUAUUAGAAGAAGAUUUGAAAAAAGGAUUUAUAUCCCAUUACCUGAGGCAUCAGCUCGGGUAAAGAUGUUUGAGCUACAUAUGGGAAACAUCAAACACUGUAUUCAAUCCACAGAAUUCAGGGAUCUAGCAGAGAAAACUGAAGGGUAUUCGGGUGCAGACAUCAGCAUUGUUGUGCGUGAUGCUAUGAUGCAGCCGGUCAGAAAAGUACAACAAGCAACACAUUUUAAACUGGCGAGGGGUCCCUCCCCACAAAACCCAGAAGUCAUAGCAGAUGAUCUCCUAACACCAUGUUCACCAGGGGAUCCAGGUGCAAGAGAGAUGACCUGGAUGCAAGUACCUGGAGAGAAGCUGUUAGAGCCUGUUGUUAAUCUGCCGGACAUGCUACGAUCCUUGGCAACUUCUAAACCGACAGUAAACUCUGCGGAUCUGAAAAAGUUUGAAGACUUCACCAGAGAUUUCGGACAAGAAGGAUAAAAUCAUUAGCAUCCCACAUUGUAAUAACAACGUUUCAUAGAAGUCUUUCAAAAUAAUCAGAGUUAGACAUUUCACUCUUAAUAUCCAUGAACCAAUUCUCCCAACAGAUGGGCAUACAUUUAUUUGUUGUUUAUUCCUGAGAAUCUUGGGUAUUAUCAGGGCAAUACUUCUGUCUAUGAUUUUGUAAAUUCUCACUAUCUGGCUGUCUUAAAUAUCUUAAAAUUGUAACAAGAAUUCACAUGUUGAUCACUUAAAGGAAUGAAAGGGUUGAUGUAAGGGGCGUGGUCACAUUUUUUUUAGGAAAUUUCAGUCCUAAAGAAAUAUACAUAGAAAAUCUGGAAAGAAGCACAUGAUAAACUAAAAUGACAUGGGUAUGAACCACAUGGGUUCCCUUUAAGCAAAGGAAAAAACUUCAGUAUGGCUGUACUUCAAGUUUACGGGAGAGUUUGUCUUGUUACAGGAAUUUUAUUAUUGACAGGGUGUUCCCAUAAAAUGAGCACAUUGAUAAAAUAGCGAAGAAAACAGAUUCACCGAGAAGCGUGACCUGCUGUUAACCCUUUUGAAUAAUUAAUUUACCCAUCAUUGUAAAAAAGAGAAACUAAGCAUCGAAUUUUUUGUUAUGCUUUAUCAAAGGGAGGAAGUUUACUUCACGCGACAUUUUAUUGUAGAAAGGCUUAGCUUAGUAUAAGUUUCAUUACAAGAGUGGGCAAAGGCUGGAACAACAGCUGCCAAUAAGUUUUAUCCCCAUAUAACUGAUCGUUGAAACUCUCAGUAUACCUCUAUGUUUGAAAAUUUUAUGGGUCGCAGUAAAUUGCUGUUGCUCUGAGAGCUUCAAGUUUUCUGUUUGUUUUGUUACUUCGUAGGUAAUUGUUAAAGAAUAAAGACAAGAGGCUGUUGUAACCUCUUCCCUUCCCCUUUUCCCUCCCUGUGGUACUAAUUUGCGUGAAAACCAUCUGAUAUGACUAUCCAUCGAAAAGUACCAUUUUUAUCUUGCCCCAGUAGCUAUUACUGCAGAUGUACAGAAUUACAAAAAGCAGCCUAAUGUUUUAUUAAAUUGGCAAAAUUACUGGUC